UCCACCGCCCACCAAAACGGACAUGAAACAGGCCGCCUGCGGUCUGAGUGCGCAGCAUUGGCGGGGUACGAGCUCCUGGACAUUGUGAUUCGCAUUGGCUGCUCGUCCUUGCACCCACGACUGUGACUCACGGCGACGUGCGAUCGCGAUCACCUAUCCAUCACCAUCUACGCAGACCACUCACACCUGCUGCACGUCAAAGAGGCUUCAUGCAACAUUCACACUGAAAGCACGAGGUUCCGUUUUUGCCUCUUGCACUCCUCCUCACCCGUGCUUCGCCAUGUCUAUUCCCACCUCACAAAAGGUUUUGCGCCUAGAGAAGCCUCAUGAUCAGCAAAAAGGACAAAGGAACCUCGCGGCUGUGCGUGAAGCACUAGUGCCAGAUGCCAAGGAUGGGCAGGUACUGGUCCAGAUUCACGCUGCUGGCUUCAACAGGAGAGACGAGUGGGCGAUGCUGGGCGCUUAUCCUGGCUUGACCUACAAGGACUCUACCUUGGGGUGCGAUGGAGCGGGAGUCAUCGUCCGGGGAGAUGCAGCUUCGAAGCCCACCCAUCCUCAAGGUCUUGUGCUGCUAGUACCCACUCGGGGCUGGGCCUCCGAUAAAGCUGGUCCAGAGGGUGAAUUGCCGAACAGCACAGAGAGCAAACAGGUGAAUGACCUGGGAGGGAAAGGCUUUGGCUUGCUUGGCGCGACGAAACCGACUUCAGGAGCAGGAACUUUUGCGGAGUACAUUCAGGUUGGUAAAGAUCAGGUUGCAGAUGCACCCCGCCAUCUCGAUGCGGUGCAAGCAGCAUGCUUGCCCUGCGGUGGAGUGACUGCAUACAGGGCCCUCUUCACCAAAGGUCAACUGCAGAGCGGUCAGAAUCUGCUGGUCACGGGAAUCGGUGGAGGUGUGGCCCUGCUGGCUUUGCAGCUCGCCGUCGCUGCUGGUGCCAACGUGUAUGUGACGGGGGGAAGCGAUGCGAAGAUUGCUCGAGCGAAGGAGCUCGGCGCCAAGGGCGGCGCGAUUUACAAGGAUGCCACGUGGCCAGAGCAGAUCCGAAAAUUGUUGGCGGAGCACAGCAAGGACAGACCCUAUUUGGACGUGGUGCUGGAUAGCGCGGGUGGUGAGAUACCGGCCCAGGCGGCCAAAUCUGGCAUCAGAAAUGGAGGAAAGAUUGUGUGUUUUGGAAUGACGGCGGUCCCUAAGAUGACGUUCACGAUGCGCGAAGUGCUGAAGAACGUCGACAUCCUGGGUUCGACGAUGGGAAGCGCAGCAGAGUUCCGGGAUAUGCUCAAAUUCGUCGAGAAGCACAAAAUCGUGCCCAUUGUUGACACGGUUCUGCAAGGCUUGGAUGAAGCUAAGAAAGGCUUUCCUCUGCUGGCUGACGCUGACAAGAGGAGCGGUGGCAAGGUGGUCGUAUCGUUGGUGUCGAAUCAAUCGAAGCUUUGAGCACGGCACGAACACCAUUCCUCCCAUUCCUUCAGUGACUUGGCCCAAUCACCUUCCUGCCUGUGCUCGAGGCCUCACACUUCGCGUAAUGCUACGUCUGACACAGCAGAACGUAGCGUGUAUGCUGAGUCUCCUGAUUGAGGUCAAGCGUUCUUCGACGGCGUUCAUUUUCGAUCUGAUUUGCUGCUCACUUGUGCAGUGCUUUUGAUCCAGCAGGCCAUGGAGGCAGGGCUCGAGCGAGCUUGAAGUCAC